AUGGGCGCGCUUCACCAAGCACGCGUUUUUCUCUGGGGGCAGAAGCCGGCAACCAAGCUCGAACAGCGCCUGCUGCUUAAGAUCGACGGUGUCGUCAUGACGUUCUGCACGCUUCUCUUCCUCUCCAACUACCUCAACCGAGCGAAUUUUUCCAACGCCUACCUGACCGGCAUGAAGGAAGACCUCAAGUUCCACGGUAAACAGUUCAACCAAGUGCAAUCCAUCUUCACCGCUGGCUACAUCAUCGGUCUGUGGCCCAACAACCUCAUUUUGCAAGUGGUACCACCUCGGUACUGGUUGCCGUUCUGCGGUGCUAUGUGGGGGAUCCUGUCGGCGUGCUUGGCUGCGACUAAGACGCCGCAGCAGGUCAUGGCGAUUCGAUUCUUACAGGCGCUCUUCGAAUCGUCGACGUUCACAGGCUGCCAUUGGAUCCUGGGCUCGUGGUACAAGGAGGAAGAGCUCGGCAAGAGGUCUGGUAUCUUUUCCACUUUUGCACAGAUGGGCUCGCUCUGGUCCGGUGUCAUGCAGGGUCGAAUCAGUCAAACCAUGAACGGUCAUUUGGGACUCAAGAGUUAUCAGUGGUUGUUUAUCAUCGACUUUGCCCUAGCCAUGCCGAUCGCGCUUUUCGGUUUGCUUCUGUUCCCCGAUACGCCGCGCAAGACCAAAGCCUGGUUCUUGACCGAAGAAGAACGACAAUGCGCCGUGCAACGUCUUCCGCAGCAUGAACCGACCAAGAUGUCGUGGAACCUGAUCAAACGUGUAUUUGGUCGAUGGCAUAUCUACAUGUUUGGCAUGCUCUUCGGCUUCGGAAGCAUGUUGGAAUCCGCCGGUAUCAACAGCGUCAUGGGAUUCUGGUUCAAAUCGUUGGGCUUCAGCAAGGCACAAAUCAAUUAUUACCCACUAUCGCUCAUCAGCAUUGCCAUUUUCACCACAAUCAUCGCUUCCUACACGACCGACUACGUCGGCUCGAGAUUCUGGGUCAACCCUCUGAUGGGCAUCAUCAUCAGUAUGAGCUCCAUCAUGCUGUUGGUAUGGGACAUUCCGUACGGUGCCAAGUUCUUCGCUUUUGCCAUCCAGGGAGCCGGGUACAUGGGACAGGCAACUAACUUUGCCUGGGCCAACAUUGUCUGCCAGGACGACGAACAGGAACGCGCCAUGGUUCUGGCCGGCAUGAACGUCUUCAGCAACAUCGUCAAUUCAUGGUGGAACUUGGUCUUUUGGGCGGCCACGGAUGCUCCCAAGUACCGAAAUGGUUGGAUCAGCAUGUUCCCCCUGUCGGUAUUUGUCACCGUGGUCGCGUUGGCCAUCGUGUAUCUGGAGAGGAGGGAUAGGAGGACCAAAAUGCACAUGUACCCUGUGCGCGAGGAACAGCCGGAACGGCUCCAGACCUAUACUCUACCCGCUGAAAAGGGCAUCAUGGAAGCCGAUGCCGAUGACACCUCGUCCGAGGGUAAAGACAAGCCUUGA